CCUCCCACAGGCCGGCGGCGGCCAUGGCGGCCAGGCAGAUCCCGGCGGUGGCGGGCGCCGCGCUCGGUAGGCAGCCUCCCGCCGCCCUGCCACCGAGACCUCUCUGGGCCGGAGCAGGGUGCCGGCCGCGCCUCAGCUUAACCCUCCGCCCCGCUUCCGAGGGAGACGGCGGCGGCGCCGGGUCCCGCUCGCAGCCCAGGCCGGAGGACCAGACGAGGCAGCAGGCGAGCGAACAGUUAACGCCGGCGGAGCGGCGGAUCGUGGAGCUGCACGCGGCCGCCUGCGCGGCUGGCCAGCUAAACUACGUGGAUCCAGCUACUGGCUAUGUGGUGCUCACACAGCUCGCCCACUUGCAGAGAGGAGAAUGUUGUGGCUCCGCCUGCAGACACUGUCCGUAUGGUCAAGUCAAUGUUAAAGAUCCAUCUAAAAAGAAGCAAUUCAAUUCAUAUUUUUAUGUUUGACAACAACUUCAUCCUUGUUCUCCAACUGAACCUUAUUUAAAAAAAAAAAACCCUAAUCCAGAAUUGCUCUCUGUGCUGUUAGUACUUGAGCCUAGUUUAAUCUUAAGUAUAUAUAUUAAAAGAACAUCAAUAAAAUGAAAAAGCUA